UGGUAAUCGCGGAGUCAAGAUGGCGGACGAAGGGACGUCUCGCUACGAAAAAAUUGACUUCUUAGGAGAAGGACAGUUUGCCACUGUGUACAAGGCUCGGGAUAAAGUGACUGACAAGAUUGUUGCCGUGAAAAAGAUUAAACUAGGCUCUCGUACAGAGGCAGCUGAUGGCAUUAACCGCACAGCACUCAGGGAGAUAAAGCUGUUACAGGAGUUGUCUCACGACAACAUAAUAGGGCUUGUUGAUGUCUUUGGUCACAAAUCCAAUGUUAGUCUGGUGUUUGACUUCAUGGAAACUGACCUUGAGGUUGUGAUCAGGGAUAACAACAUAGUCAUGACAGCCCCUCACAUCAAGUCAUACACUCUGCAAACUUUACUGGGCCUAGAAUACCUUCAUACAAACUGGAUUCUCCACAGGGAUAUGAAACCAAAUAACUUACUGAUCAAUGAGCAAGGCACACUGAAAAUUGGAGAUUUUGGUCUUGCGAAAUUUUAUGGCUCGCCCAGCCGACCAUACUCUCAUCAAGUUGUGACACGGUGGUAUCGCUGCCCUGAGUUGUUAUUUGGUGCCAGGUCUUACGGUGAUGGUGUUGACAUGUGGGCGUUAGGGUGCAUUGUUGCAGAGUUAUUAAUACGGGCCCCGUUCCUUCAAGGAGAUACAGACCUUGAUCAGCUCAGUAAAACCUUUCAAGUGUUAGGAACACCAAGUGAGGCAGACUGGCCUGACAUGAAAUACUUGCCAGAUUAUGUUGUGUUCAAAGAGCAUCCCAAACACCCAAUGAAAGAGAUUUUCACUGCUGCUUCAGAUGACCUGUUGGAACUGCUAGAUUCUCUGCUGGCUUUGAAUCCUUCCAAACGUUGUUCAGCAUCUCAGGCCCUUCAAAUGUCGUACUUUAGCAGUAAACCUGCCCCCACCCCCAGUGGACAUCUUCCUUUCCCAAUGUCCAACAAGAUUGUGGACAAAGAGAAGGAGGCAAAAAGACAGACUUUAAAGAGGAAACAGAAUGGAGACUCAGGUGGCCUUAAAAAGCGACUGGUUUUCUAACAAGUGACCAAGAGAUGGGUGGCUGACUGUUUAUGUACAAGAAUGCUUAUCGAAUUGGACUGCCCAUUUUAUAUCUGGAGUUCUGGAAACCUCAGAUGUUGGGAGAACUUUGCUUUCAUGUAUGAAAUGUGUCGUGCCUUUCAGACUUUGCCAAAGCAUGUCUUUUCAGGUGUACAUGUAAUGAAGGAAAUUUUACUAGCUCAAAAUGGCGACCUUUAUUGAGGAGCAAAAGAGGUCACAAUUGACAAUAGUUUAAGAAAGCUGAAUUCUUUUAGUGGGUUUGAGAUUGGGGUUCAGGGUUGGGUAUGGAUUGGGCUGAGCAGCAAGAAGGGAGAGAGGGGAUCAUGGUGUUCGGGUUAGUAGUGUUGUUUGGUGGGAUACAUGUUUGGGGGCAAGGGAAACUUGGAGGGAAGAGAAAGAUGGAAGGAGGGUCUUGUAUGAGUUGGAGAGGGGGUGGUAGAGGAGAGGGCUUCUAUGGCUAAGAGAUGAGUAAAAGAGUGGGGACUGAAGGAAGGAAAAGGUUUUGUUGUGCAAAAGGGAGAGAAGAAGAUGAGAAUGGCUCUCUCAAGUUGUUUGGUACAAAUAUGCCUACAGACUUGUGAGUAACUGUUUUGUACAACUGCAAAAAAAAAAAAGUACUAAAAGGAGCUCAUGAAUGAAAGUUGUGAUUGGAAAAA